ACCUGAACCUUCUCUUCCCCCGGCAGUGUUACCAAGGCCGGACGAGGAGAGCGAGGUCGAACCAAACAGAAAGAGAAAAAAAGAAGAAAAAGAAGAAGAAAGAGAAGAAGAAAGAAGGGAAGAUUGUGGUCAGCAUGGUUGCUACAGCCUGGAGGUCAUUGGCACUGUGCAGGCAGGUGUGCCUCGCCCCACGUGGGAAGACCGUGCCACCUGUUGUUCUACGGGGUCGUGGCACCUCGGGGAGUCAUGGCACCCGCCCCUUCCUCGCUGCCAGGGGCCUCCUCACGACUUCCUCCUCUUAUGCUCACGACCCGACCGCGUCUGACGGAUCGGCCGCGCCCCCGCAGUUGCAACACGGCCGGUCCAGACUCAAGUUCUAUUCCUCGGGCGAAAGCCGCCCCAAGCCGCCGGGGGGAGACCAGGCACUCGUCCUCCUGUUCAGCUGGCUCCUGGCACCCGAGCGUCACAUCAAGAAGUACGUGGACAUGUACAGGCGGAGGGGCGUGUCCGUGCUCACUGUCACGAUCACGCCCCUGGACCUGUUGCUCCCCGCCCGAGGCUCGCAGAUGAUUACGUUGAAUCUUCUGCGCCUUCUACAGGAGAACGGAAAUUACAGGCCCCUCCUUGUGCACGGGUUUUCUGUUGGUGCUUAUGUGUUCUCAGAAGCCAUGGUGCAUGUAAUGAAAGACCGGCGCCAGUUCGGAUCUCUCCUGGAGCGGUUCGUCGGCCAGGUGUGGGACUGUCCUGUGGACCUUAACGGCAUUCCUACAGGUUUCCCGAAGGCCGUGACGAGUAUUCCUCACCUGCAGCGCCUUCUUCGUGCCUUCGUUGUCAUGUACCUGAGGCUAAUGCACCGCUGGGCCACGGUGCAUUACGAGCAGGCGCGUGUACCGUUCUUCACCAACGCCGUGGGUGUCCCGGCGCUGUUGCUGCAGAGUCGGCGUGACCCCGUUUCCACCCAGGAGAUGACCCGAGAGCUGCUGAGGGGCUGGAGGGGCCAGGGAACCAAGGUUCACUACAAGUGCUUUGAAGAAGGCGCCCACGUCUCGCUGUACUGGAAGAACCCCGUUGAGUACGAGCAGGUCCUCAGCGAGUUCUUGGAGGAGGUGCAACUGCUGGAGAAAAACCCGAGGUCCUCCUCCGAAUCGAAGUCGGACUCAGUGAGCGAAGGUUCACUCGGAUCAUAGGCGUCGUCAGAGACUAAAGGAAAAGGACUGUAUUUGAGAUUAGAAGUGACAGUUACAUUUUACAAGACUGAAAGACUACCGUGGCUACUUGAAGGACCAGAGAGUGUUCACAGGAGCACGAGACAGUGACUACAUGAUUAAAUCGCUACGGGAAGACAAAGACAUGACAACAUACCAAAACAACAAUUCCAGAAGGCUAAACGAACCCCUAAACACUUAUUAUGACACGAAGCCUCCACUCCGACAAGGGAUAAGGACAGAGAGACAGACACAGUAGACCCAAGUUACACAAGACGUUGACAUCAGCAACACGCCCUUUGGUCUCUUGUUCAGCGUGGCAGAGAUGAGAGGGUAUCCGUGUCACACAGGCUAUCAAUAAAGCAAGACCGCCUGGUCCUGUUACGAAUUUAGGAGGAGCUCUCGAGUCGCCGAACGCCGUGCAGAACAUGGCUGAAUAAUGCACGGUUAGCGAGUCCUCUGCUGUGUGUGUGUGUGAGCGUGUGUGUGGCCGUUGAAGAUCGGGGUUUCUCUACACAUAUGCUUACACGUACACAUACACAUAUAUAAACCUGUGGAUAUUUAUGUAUAUCAAUAUAUAUAUAUAUAUAUAUAUAUAUAUAUAUAUAUAGAGAGAGAGAGAGAGAGAGAGAGAGAGAGAGAGAGAGAGAGAGAGAGAGAGAGAUACAUAUACAUAUACAUAUACAUAAACAUAUACAGAUAUAGAUACAGAUGUACAUACACAUACACAUAUACAUACACAUAUGUAUACGCAUAAACACACACACGCACACGCACGCAUGCACAUGCACACGCACGCACACACACGCGCACACACGC